GGCCUCGUCAGCCCCAUCGGCCUCUUCAUCUAGCGCUUCGCUGCGGCAGUGCUGGUAUGCGGAUGACUCGUCGGCGCUCGGCAAACUUCACGGCAUCCUCGUGUGGUUUCGAGCCCUGCGUCGCAUCGGCCUUUCAUACGGCUAUCACCCGGAGGCCGCCAAGUCCUUCCUCGUCGUCAAACCCGAGCUCAAGCGGAUCGCAAGGGAACUCUUCGAGCCUGAGGGGGUGCAGAUCGUCACGGGCAAGAGGUUCCUGGGCGGCUACGUGGGCGAUGAGGGGGUGAGGGCGGCGUUCCUCUGCGAGAAGGUCGAGAGGUGGGUGCGCGGCGUGCGCGCGCUUACGUCUGCUGCCCGCAACUUCCCACACACGGCCCACGCGGCAAUGACGAGGUCUCUGCAGAUGGAAUGGGACUACGUCUUUCGUAUCGUACUCACCGACGAGUGCGCUCUCAGCCCCCUCCGCGAGGCCAUCGCCAAGGAGCUGCUGCCGGCCCUCCUCGGCGGCCCUGUGACGCCGUCCGAGGUCGACCUGAUGCUGCUGCUUGUCCGGCAUGGCGGCACCGGCAUACGUGACCCUCUCGACCGUACCGCAGCCGCCUACCCUGCUUCCCGCGCGAGCACCAAGGUGGUCUUCAAGUCCGUCCAAGGCAAGGCUCCGUUCCACCCUGGCGACCAUCGUGCCACCAUCCGCCACGCCCUCACCCAGAGCAAGCAGCAGCAGGACGUCGCCCACAAGACCAAGAGGGAGGCAGCCCCGCCGCACAUCGACCGCCGGCGCCAUCGCGUCCUCUCCCGCAGCACCGAAUACAAGACGUCCGGCUGGCUGACCAUCCUCCCGUCGACAGACAACAACACUGGUCUUGAUGCUGCGGAGUUUCGAGAUGCCCUCAACAUGCGUUACGGCCGUCACCCCCCUGGCCUCGCUGCACGCUGCGACCACUGCAACCAGCCCCUCACCGUCGACCAUGCGCUGUGCUGCAAGCGGUACGGCCUGGUGAUUCGUCGCCACAACGAGUUGCGGGACACUUUUGCCGAGCUGAUUGGGAUGGUGUGGGGGGACGCUGAUGUGCGUCGGGAGGUGGUGUUGAAGGAGGGAGAGGAGGGGGAGGGCGGUACGCUUCCAAAAACCGAUCGACCAAGUCCAUCCUGA